AUGUACAUAUGUGGGACUGGGAUUGAAGAGGACGUGAUCAUUGAUCCUGCUUGUGAUUUGCCUGGCCCUGCUAAUCCUAGCAACCAAGCAAGUAAUGCCUAUCCUGCACACCAAGCAACUAAGGUGGAAGAGGAUGAAGUCCCCAGCUACCCUCCGCCCGCGUAUGUACAUGCCGUUUGUUUUGCGCCGGCUGGUCCUUAUACUACCCCGGCUAUGGCCGGUCCUCCUCGUUCCAUUGUGGACUCUGCUCCUCGCCGGGUGUACUCCACGCCUCGUCAUGCCGGUUCCGCUUUGCCGGGUGUACUCCAUGCCUCGUCAUGCCGGUUCCGCUUUGCCGGGACGUCCUGGGGGACCUGGCCAGCAACCAUCCCCACUUCCUUAGGCACGAGAUCAUGCGUUCGGCUACCAUUAUUGCUGAGGAUUGGUUCAACUAUCACCACCUUAACAUCCCUGGCUUCCCUAUCUUUCCGUAGAACUGACCAGUUUGCCAAGCCUCAUUCCAUGGGUCACCUUUUGGCCAGUAGUGUCAGGUUUACUCUUGGUGAUAGCUUGCCUUGCCCUGAAAUACCAUAG